AUGGAUCCGUUUGAUUUUCCCAUUGUGAUCGAUACUGGCCAAUUUCAAACAAGAAUAGGUAGUUCAGCUAAUAAGCUUCCUCAAGUCAUUAUUGAUACUGUAUUGUUUGAAAAAACUAAAGUGAAAGAAAUAGUGUUUGAUAAAAAUGUUUUUUCAGAUAAACUUAGAAAUAACAAAUCUUGUAUUGAAAAAAAUUCUCUAAGUUCAUCCAAUAAUUGGGAUUCAAAAAAAAAAUCACUUCUUGUAAACGAAUACCAAAACAUUACACGGCCAUUCAAUUAUCUUGAUGGACUUGAUUGGAAUUUAUUAGAAACUUUUUGGACUGACUUAGUUUCUAGAGAAAUGUGUUAUGACACUACAAUGUGCCCGGUUUUAUUGUCUGAACCUCAUAAUGCACCAUUUGACUUUCAAGAUCAUUCAAUGGAGUUUUUUUUCGAAUCACUCUCAGUGCCUUCAUUCAAUUGCAUCUCUCAGGAAUUACUUUCAGUAAAUGCAAUUCAAAGAGGUCUUCCAUAUAUUUUUCAAAAAAAAGAUAAUAAGGGCUCAGUUGGAAUUGUUGUACAUUUUAGUGAUUCAAGCAUUAGAAUACUUCCUAUUGCCUCCGGAUAUUUAUUAUCAGAGUAUAUUGGAGUUGUUAAUUUGGGAGGAUAUUCAAUAACAGAUUCGCUACUUGAUCAUUUUGGAAUAAACUUCAAAUCUUCCUCCCCAAUUACGCACCAAAACAUUGACAGCAUUAAAUCAUAUGGUAUUUUUGAUGGCAUUAUUUCAAAUAUGAUUAUUCCAUGCUUAUGCGACGAAAUUAUUUCCGUUGUUAAAAAAUGUCCAGUUGAUUAUUUACGACUUCUAUUAAAAAAUAUCAUAUUUAUCGGCGGAGCAUCAAUCAACUCUCUACUUUCCACAAAUUUUCAAAGUUAUUUUAAGAUUGUGUUAAAAAGAAGCAAUAUUAGCCUAGAAGAUAUUAAUGUUAUUAACUUAUCUAAUUCAUCUAACAUUGAAGAAAAAAUAUUGGGAACGUGUUCAACAUGGCUCGGUGGUUCUUAUUUUGCAAAGAACAUAGACAUGAUAGGUUGUUUUUUUAAUAAAGAACAGAAUAAAUGCGUAAAUAUUCUUAACAAUUGGAAUUUGCGUGAAAGUAUAGGAAAUAAAUGUCCCGAUUGGAUGGCUGAUGUAUGCUGGGUAAUUUAUGAUGUUAAAGAUGGAGAGGGAUUCUAUCUUCAAAGGAAUGUAUUUGAUAGGAUGGCAUUGGUUGUUUCAAAUCUUAAUGAAGCUAUGUAUUUAAAAAAAGAAGCCAAAUUUGCCGUCCUUAUUCUACCCCCAUUUUGCAAUAUUGCUCAUUGGACUUAUGACUCCAAACGCAGAUUACCCUGGUCAACGUUUUUUAGUAUUCAGCAAAAUGGAUUGCCAAUAUUAGAGUAUGACAUCUACAAAGGUUUUAUUGGUAUGGCUAAUAUAGGUGUUGAUGUUAUUGGACUAAACUUUGACUGGAACAAUAAUUCGUUUAAAUCAAAUACUUUAGUUGAACAUUACAAAAAAUCUGAAAUAUCUGAAUUAAAACAUUUCAAUUCAAGGUGCAUGUUUAACAGAUAUAUUGGAAAUGAUAAUGUAGUUUUUGCUGGCCAUUGUGAAUUGAUAAAAGUUAAGAACGCAAUUUGUCUUUCUUUUUUUAAGUUAAUGAGGCCCAGAGAAGUUUCUGAAGAAAUUUACAAAAUAUUUGAGUCUAACAAGAAACAAAAAAAGUUCCAAAAUUAUUUAAUCAAGUAUUCAGACGGAAUUCUCGUUCCAUGGCCAUUUGAGCUCAAGAAAUAUAAAGUUUUAGAUAUAAUUAGCUAUAAUGAUAAUGUAAAGAAGCAUGCACAAUUAUACAUGUCUUCAAAUACUUUUUUUGAUAAAAAAAAACCUUAUAUAAGUGUUCAUUUAAGAAGAAAUGAUUUUGUUUUUGUAAGGAACGAUGAUAUUCCAACAUUUCAUCAAGUUGUUGAUAGAUUGUCACAACUUUCAAAGGAUCUUAAUAUCAAACGUGUUGUGAUUUCUACAGAUAGCAAUGAAAGUGAGAAAAAUGAAUUAAUGGAAAUUUUUUCGAGACGAAACCUUGACUUACACAUAAUUAAUAUUAAAGAAAAGCUGGAAGAUGGGGUUAUUUCGGCAGUAAGUCAAGUAAUUCUUUUAAACGGUGAAUAUUUCAUCGGAACAAAAGAGUCACGUUUCAGUUUUUCAGUUGCAUGGGAUUGCAUCUUAUCAGCAAGGAAUGGUUUUAAAAGUAACUUUUCAGAAAAUUUUAACAAAUGUAAUGAAAUUUUUUGUGGAAAAGCCGGUGGGGAACGCUCAAUAUGCAGAGAACACUCAGACAGACUUCCAAUAUUCAAUCUAGAUGUUACUUAA